AUGAAAAAAGCCAAAACUGAAAGACAAGUACUUUUCGACGAUAAUCUAUAUGGCGAAAACGCCGAUAAAAUCGACCUUUCCAAAACUUCUCUAGAAGACCUAUACAAGACUAUUGAAUAGACUAAAAACCCUAAAAUAUAUGACCCUAUUUUUGUUAUAUAAUUAGGUUCUAAAUAUAUUCGAUCGAACUCCUUUUAAUAAUGGCAAGUUACAUAUAAUCCCGCCUAUUCAUAUAUGAAACCCUGGUGGUUGGGUACUUUGACAAUUACACUAUUAACAACAUAGAGUUAUUACAAAGAAUAUAUACUAUCUCCUGGAUAUUGUCCUUAUGUACCUAGUUUAACUAAAGACUCCCUAUAUUAAACACAAGAGUUUAUUAAGGAGAAGUUUAAAAGCUAGAUUACGAAUACUGAGAGGCAUAUAUAUUCUUUCGCCUGGCAAUAAAUGGUAAAAUUGCCUAUAGAUAAUAUAAGCUAAACCACAUAAUAUUAAGAUUUCCGUGAAAUUAAUUUAAAUAGAGACUAUGAUGAUCAAUGGUUGAGUUUUAAUAAAGAUGUGUAAGGAGGUAUUUCUCUAUAAUACUACAAUGUCCAAUAAUACUAGGUUUUGUUCGCGGCUAUUAUAGUGAGCGUUGUUUUGGCAUUAAUUGUUGGUUUAGUGCUAAUUGUGGGCUUAGUAUAUGCUAUAAAUUAGAAUUAUAUAUGGGUUUUAAGACAUAUUUCUCAUUUGGAUAAAUACUCGGUUUUAGACAAGGCUGGCAAAGACGAAUAUUAAAAUAAUAAUAAUUUAACAGAUGAAUAGAGAAUCAUUCUAGAAGAAUAUAAUAAAGAAUUAAAACAAGAGUAAAUCUAAGAAAAUUAAAAUUAGAACAAAUUCGAAUAAUCUUCUAGAGAUGAUUUAGACACAAAAAUUCAUAAUUUAGAUAAAGACUCUAUUUCUGGAAUGGAAUUGAAAGUUUUAGGAUUUAAACUUGUUGUAAGAUAAGAUACAUUAACACAAUUUUACACAUAUAUUAAGUAUAAUGGAGAAUUUUGUUUGAAAAAUCAUUUAGAAAAAAUUUAACCAAAUGAAGCUUCAUUAAAAAAAGAAUAUGGAAUAGAUACUGUAUAUUUACCUUAAUAAUGGAUUGAAAGAGAUCCUUCAUAUAAUUCUGAGAAAAGCCAAAUUUAUAUUAUUGAUAAAUAAAGAGUAGAAAAUAACUUUGAAGUGUUAUUAACUAAAGAUAUUUUCAUAUAAGAUAUAGUAAUGGGCAAAAGCACAUUAGACGAUGCCAAAUAAAACAUAUUUACUCCUACUGGUUGGCAGUUUUUUGAUGUUAUAACUGUAAUUGCACAUGUAUCUGUUAUUAUAUUAUUAGGUUCUCCAUUAUUAGCUUUAGCUAUAUUUUUAAGAGUUUAGCAAUCACCAUAUAGCUUAACACCUACUCCAAGAUUAAUAUUCGGAAUGGAUAUUAUAUACUACCCAUCAUCAAUUCCUUAUAAACUAUCUACUGAUUCAUGGAUAUUAGUAUUUAUUAUAGCCAUUACAUUGACUUUUUGGCUUUUAUCAUUUAUAGAUUUAAUCCAAUACUAUUCUAGUAUGAAUUUUCCUUAAGAAAAAUACUUCCAAACAUACCGAAAAUCGACUUUAUUAAGAAGAAUAAUGUCUCGUAUAAUGUGGUGUAUAGUUUUAUUAGCUUCCUAUACAGCUUUAGUGUAUUUUUCUCUAGUAGCAAUAUGGCUUAUGUUAGGUGCAAUUAUAAACCCAGACGCUUUUCUACCUUAUGCAACUUCUGCGGCUACUUUCGUGACUAUAAUAUCUAAGAAAUUAAAAGAUUUUAAAGAUUUAAGUGAAAAUGGAUUCAAGAAAUUAGAAGAAUACCUCACAUCUAUGGCUUAAAAUUAAUUCUAAGAUAUCAUUAAAAAAAUGAAUAUUUAAGAAAAAAUUGCAGAUGCAAUACCAACUGAUGAUAUAAGAAAUAUAGCAAAAUAAGCCUCUGAUUUAGGCCUUAUAGAUCCUAAAGUAUGCGAAGAUUUAAAUAAUAAUAUAGAAACUAUGAUUCGAGAUCCAAGUGCUGUUACUAAUUUGGGAAAUCAAAUUAUUAAAAUAGCAGAAGAUCCAUCUGCUUUUGCAUAAUAAAUUGUUACAUAAUUACAAGAAAAGGCUAAAAAUAUAUUAUUCGAAUAAGUAAGUUUUAUAUGUCCUUAAUUAAAAAAUGAAAUUUCAGGUAUUCUUUGGUGUUUUAUUAAUGAAGAUAAACGAGAAUUGAAAAAUGCUAUAUCAUUAUUAAUUAAUGCUUUAGUGAAUUAAUAUUAAAAUUAAAAUAAGAAAAAUUAACUAGGAAAAAUUAUGAAUUUAAAAGGUCCUAUACUAAAUUUUGUUUGGGAAUUGGCAUUCCCAGAAUAGACUAUUUAGGGUGGAUUAUUGACUUAAUAAAAAAUCGAGGAAAAUCUUCUUAAUAUUUUCUGUAUUGCUAUAGCUGACAUAAUAUCUUUAUGGAAAAACGACAAUAAUAUUUCCUAAUAAAUCAAAAACUAAUAAAAUAUAUAAAAAGGAAAAAAUAUAAAAGCACUUAAAAAUAUUCAAUAAUAACUAUAAAAAGACAAAAAAAAAUCCGGAGCAGGAGAAUAACUAGAUCUAGAUAUUUAAGAAAAUGAAUAAGAAAUAGAACUUUUAUCUUCUGAAUAAGCUAUAAUUUAAGCUAAUAAAAACAUUAUUUUAGGUAUUCUUAAAAUAUAUAAAGGAUUUAAAAAAGAUAUGAGAAAUAGUAAUAUUAGAAGAAUUCAUAAAACUGGCUUAAAAUGUUUAAAAAGUAAUCGGCUUUGAAAGUUUAAAAGAAAUAACCAAAUACUAAGAUAUAUUUAGGCUUGCAUAUAAUUUAUUUAAAGACCAAGAUUAAAUAUAAUAUAAAGACAUAAUGGAUUGUGUAAAAAAAUUUUUAAUAAAUUCCGGUUUUUAGUAAUAAACUUAAAAUUUAACUGGAAUAAUAGGAGUGGUUGAAGUAAUGGAUUUUGUAGAGGUAAUUUUAGACUCUUUCCGUUAAUAAGGGAAAAGUAUUUCAUCUUCUAGAAUAAAAGAAAUUAUUGAUCCUUUAAUAUAAGGAAUAGAAAUGAUUGGAGAGAAAAUAAAGAGUGGAAAAAAU